AUGGUUUUAAAUGAUGAAAUGAGUUGCGUUACUUUUGAAGAUGUAACAACAGAUUGGUUUGUAAAAAGCCAUGCAACUGAACACUAUAUCAAAAUGAGUAGUGCCACUUUAUCUAUAAAAUGCAAAAUGACUAUUUUAGAUCAAGAUCAAAAAUCACAUGCAACAGGUAAUGAAAGGAAAUCAUUGAAACUUCUUGAUGUUGUUAAGAAUCUGAAAUCAAUCUACGAACAUAGUGUGUUGAGUGAUUUUGUCUUCAAAGUAGGUGAUAAGUCUUUUCCUGCUCAUAAAAACAUCCUUUCUGCUCAUUCUCCUGUUUUUAUGAAAAUGAUGACCCACGAUUUCAUGGAAUCAAAGACCAACAGCGUUACCAUUACGGAUGCAGCACCUGAAGUCUUUGAAUUAUUUCUCAGAUCUUUGUAUGCUGGAGAGCUUGAAAACAAGUCUUGGGAUUCUCUGAAAGAACUUUAUUACUUAGUUGAUAAAUAUGAUGUUGGAUUUUUAAAGGUUGAGUGUACUGAUGCAGUAAUUUUUUGCCUAUCUGUGGACUUAGUGUGUGAAAUACUCAAACUGGCCUACAGCUGCGCUGAUUCUGACUUAAAAACUGCUGCGGUAAAUUUUGCGGUCAAUCACAUCAAGAACAUUGUUCCUAGAGAAGAUUGGAAAGAACUCGUUAAAACCUAUCCGAUGAUUGGGUAUGAUGUCACUGUUAAUUUUGUUCCAAUAUAA